AUGGCAAGUUGGAAACAACUUGAAGUUCAUAUAGAAGAUCAAACUGCACACAAAUGGAGUGUUUCAUUAAGUGAAGAAAUGUUCAAAAGAUUUUUCUCUCAGGGAAAUCCAAUAGUGCAUAAGAUAUUUGGCGACGGAUCACUGUUCAGUCCAUUGUUGUUUGGAAAAUUUUUUGAUCCUUCAGAUGCCUUUCCACUUUGGGAGUUUGAGUCAGAUGUCUUGUUAUCUAAUCUUCGGGUAUCUGGCAAGACUACUGUUGAUUGGUUGCAGACAGAGGAUGCUUAUGUACUAAAAGCAGAUUUAGCAGGAGUGGGGAAUAAUACCGUGCAAGUCUGUGUCGAAAAUGGGAAGAUUUUGGAAAUUAGUGGGCAGUGGAAGCCACAAAGAGAUCAGUCGAAAACGAAAGACUGGAGAAGUGGCCACUGGUGGGAACAUGGUUAUGUUAGAAGGCUUGAGCUACCAGAAGAUGCUGAUUGGAGGGAAACUGAGGCAUAUGUGAGCAAUGAAAUGCUCCUAGAAGUAAGAAUCCCCAAGUGCACUUUGGAUUCCGAUAAUCAUCCAGGAAAUGGCACCUCGGCCAAAAAUUCUGAGUCUUCGUAA